GCACAAGCAUUCAAAAUGAGGCUGCAUCUCAUACCACUGGUUGGACUCCUGGCACUGAUUAUGGCCCAAUCCCAAGUACUCCUCCCGGGAUUUCGCGUGCGACAGGUUCCUGUGCUCGACAUGGGCAAGAUUCGAGUGGUGCAGUACCUGGACGCGGCCUCCACAGUCACUCCAGAGCUGGUAAAGGAUCAGUUCAGCAGGCGAUUUACUACGCUGGCCAAGCCCUUGGUCAGUGGUGCUGCUCCCCAAACCAGCCUCCCAAACUUGUAAUUUAUUAUUAUUGCCUGAGAGUUAAUUUGAUAAGCGAAUAUAUAAAUAUUAUAGGUACCUUUGAACUUGCGUUAUUAAAUUUGCGUACUUUAAAUUGUA